GCCUUGUGUCCCUCCCCAUCUGUGCUCCUGUGUAACAGCCAGGCUUAUCUGAAUCCUUGAAGGAUAGGGCAGCACUGAGGUUAUUGGUAAUAUCCUGCAAUGACUACAGACAAAAAUCUGAAAGAAAUCCUUCUAGAUAUACUGGAUAAUCUCUCAGGGGAAAAGGAAGGAGAUGUUGAAAGAUUUAAAUUCAGCUUAGAAAAUGCUGACUAUGAAAAAAAAGCACCAAUCCCCAAAGGUCGGCUACAGGAAGCUGACACUCGGAUGAAACUUGUAGACCUCUUGUGUGAAUACUACAAGGAACAUGAUGCAGUGAAUGUAGCUAUAUCAGUCCUUGAAAAGAUCAAUCUCAGAGAUUCUGCUGCUAAACUCAAGGAGGCAAGAAAGAAAGCUUUGGGUCCUCAGCAAAUACCUGAAACAUCAGCAAAUGCUUACAGAGUGAAGUACAAAGAACAUAUAAAAAACAAAUACAGCACAAUAAAAGACAUGAAUGCUCGUCUUGGUGAGAAUGUGAAGCUAAACAACAGAUACACAAAGCUGAUCAUUGUAAAUGAACAUCGUCACAAAAAGCAGAAAGAACAUGAAAUAAUGGCCUUGGGACGGAGACAUGCAGAAAUCAUGGUUGAGCGCGCUAGUCCUAUCACCAUAGCCAAUUUAUUUGACUCUGAUAAAGAUGGACAGUCACCACAAAUUGUCGUGCUGCAGGGAGCUGCAGGGAUUGGAAAAACACUGACAGCAAGAAAGAUCAUGUUGGACUGGGCAAAUGAAGGACUGUAUCAGAACAGAUUUGAUUAUGUUUUCUACAUAAAUUGCAGGGAAAUAAACUUGGUCCAUGAGCAGGGAAGUGUUGAAGAUUUGAUUUUAAAGAAUUGUCCUGAUCAAAAUGCACCAACUAAAGAGAUUCUGAUGAAUCCAGAAAAACUCCUAUUCAUAAUUGAUGGUUUUGAUGAACUGAGAUUUUCCUUUAAUCAACCAACAAGUAAUCUGUGCUCGGAUCCCUGUAAGAAGCAGCCAAUGGAAAUCAUACUGAACAGUUUAUUCAGGAAAGAAGUGCUUCACAAAUCUUACUUAAUAAUUACUACAAGACCAACUGCCAUGGAGAAACUUGGGCAGUGUUUGAAAGAUGAACGUUGUGCAUAUGCAGAGAUCUUGGGAUUUUCUGAAAAUGAGAGAAAAGAAUAUUUCUACAAGUUCUUUGGGAAUGAAGAACAAGCAAGAAGAGCCUUUAACUUUGUAAAAGACAAUGAAAUGCUGUUCACCAUGUGCUUUGUCCCCAUUGCAUGUUGGAUCAUCUGCACGGUUCUGAAACAACAGAUGGAAGCAGGUGAAGAUCUUGCACAAACUUCCGAUACAAUCACUGGCAUCUACAUGCUCUAUCUCUUCAGUUUAUUAGAGGGUCACAGCAGCAAUUCAGAGAAACAACAGGUACAAGAUAACUUGAAGGGACUUUGCUCUUUGGCUGCAGAUGGACUCUGGAGGCAGAAAAUACUGUUUGAAGAAGAAGAUGUCAAGAAACAUGGCUUAGAUAAACCUGAUUCCCUCUUUCUGAAUGAGAACAUGUUUCAAAAAGGCAUUGGCUGUGAACGUGUUUACAGCUUCAUUCACUUGAGUUUUCAAGAGUUUUUUGCAGCUUUGUUUUAUGUGUUGGAGAAAGAAGAAACAGCAAAAAAAUCAGAAACUGCUAUACAACCUGUAGAAAAAUUAUUUGAAAAGUGUGGAAAAUCUAGGAAUUAUUUAAUGUUAACAGUGCAAUUCUUGUUUGGUCUCUUAAAUAAAAAGAGAAUGGAGGAGAUGGAGAAAAAUCUUAGCUGCAAAUUUUCACCCCAAAUUAAAAAUAGUUUACUAAUGUGGGUUAAAGAAAAACCCUUUUUGUCGUUGUUCAACUAUGAUAAAUUGCUUUCUGGUAAGGAGGAGAUAAUUUUCUAUCUGGAUUAUUUUUACUGUUUGUAUGAAAUUCAAGAAACCAAAUUUGUACAGAGUGCAAUGAAUCAUUUCACGGAGCUAAAAUUUACUCAUCAUACCUUUACCAAAAUGGAUCAAAUUGUUCUUCAAUUCUGUAUAAAGAAUUGCUGUAAACUGGAGUCCAUUUACAUAGAGAAGUGUAGGUUUCUAACUGAAGGCCCGAAUGAAGAUUCCCCAGGACCAUGCAAGUGGCCACUUCGAUUGGAGUGGUGUCGUCUCACAGACACUGUCUGCGGGACUCUCGCUGCUAUUCUCAGAACCAGCCAGAGCCUGACAGAGCUGAAACUGCCUGAUAAUAUACUGGGAGAUGCUGGAGUGUGGCUGCUGUGUGAGGGACUGAAACACCCGAACUGCAAACUGAAGACACUGGACUUGUGGAAAUGUCGUCUCACAGACGCUGCCUGUGGGGAUCUUGCCGCUGUUCUCAGAACCAGCCAGAGCCUGACAGAGCUCAACCUCAGUGGUAAUAAACUGGGAGAUGCCGGUGUGAAGCUGCUGUGUGAGGGACUGAAGCACCCAAACUGCAAACUGGAGAGACUCUUAAUGUGGAGCUGCGGUGUCACAGACGCUGCCUGUGGGGAUCUUGCCACUGUUUUCAGAACCAGCCAAAGCCUGACAGAGCUGGACCUGGGUGCUCAUUAUUCUCUGGGAGAUGCUGGAGUUCAGUUUCUGUGCGAGGGACUGAAACACCCGAACUGCAAACUGGAGAGACUGAAAUUGUGGAGUUGUCAUCUCACAGAUGAUAGCUACAGGGACCUCGCCGGUGUUCUCAGCACCAGCCACAGCCUGACAGAGCUGAACCUGAGUCAUAAUAAACUGGGUUCAGUCUCUAAGGUGCCACAAGUUCUUUUUGAUAACAAACUGGGCGAUGCCAGAGUGCAGCUGCUGUGUGAGGGACUGAAACACCCAAACUGCAAACUACAGAAAUUGGAGUUGUCGGACUGUGGUCUCACAGACACUAGCUUAGGGGAUCUCGCCACUGCUCUCAGAACCAACCAGAGCCUGACAGUGCUCAACCUGGGUGGUAAUAAACUGGGAGAUGCCGGAGUGCAGCUGUUGUGUGAUGGACUGAAACACUCAAACUGUAAACUGCACAAAUUAGACUUGAAGGGGUGCGGUGUCACAGCCACUGGUUGCGGGGAUCUCGCCCCUGUUCUCAGAACCAACCAGAGCCUGACAGAGCUGAGCCUGCGUGGUAAUAAUCUGGGAGAUGCUGGAGUGCAGCUGCUGUGUAAGGAACUGAAACACCCGAACUGCAAACUGCAGACACUGGACUUGCGGUACUGUGGUGUCACAGCCAUUGGCUGUGGGGAUCUCGCCCCGGUUCUCAGAACCAGCCAGAGCCUGACAGAGCUGAAACUGCGUGGUAAUAAUCUGGGAGAUGCUGGAGUGCGGCUGCUGUGUAAGGGGCUGAAACACCUGAACUGCAAACUUCAGAAACUGUACUUGGGGUACUGCGGUGUCACAGCUACUGGCUGCAAGGAUCUCGCCCCUGUUCUCAGAACGAGCCAUAGGCUGACAGAGCUGAACCUGUGGGGUAAACUGGGAGAUGCUGGAGUGCGGCUGCUGUGUAAGGGUCUAAAACAUCCAAACUGCAAACUACAGAAACUACAUUUGACGAAAGGGUAUUUAAGUGAAGAAAUGCAGGCAGAGCUGGAUGCUGUGAAAGACACAAAACCUGACCUGGUCAUAGAGUUACUGGACUGGUGAGCGGGAGCCACUGCACCAAUGCAGCUCUGACCUGGCUGCCCUGCCACUAGCAGAGGGAGCAGCUGGGCAGUGGGAGAGAGAACACCUGCCCCUGUUAAAAUUAAACCCUGCCAGCCCCAGGGACUCCAGCAACAAAUGUCAACAUCUGUGUCAGGGGGCUGAGUAGAGAUUGUUAGGGCUUAGGAGUAAGGGCUGGGUUUGCUCUAUUCUCACUGCAAUGUGGUAGAGGUUUUCAGGGAGGAGUUGCGGGGCAGGAUGGGGAAAGGGGAUCAGGGCCUAGAGGAGGGAGAGAUGGGGUGUUAUGAGAUAGAGGGGUCUGUAACCUCCCUUUUUCAGUCUGUCAGUGCAGGGGGGAGACUCAAGAACCAUCCUUGGGUCCCAAGGGGAUCUGUCCUUCUCUUACAAUGGUUCAUACUAUUACAUGUAUAUUUACUAGGGGGUUAUAAUUUUACACAACUCCACAGCUAUUAAGAUGGCAUUUUUCUGUAUCCAUCUCCAACAGCGGUUUAUCCUGGAUGUAUAUUUGUGUCAGU